CGGUUAUUUAUAAGAAACAGAAAAAUAAAAAAAGUCAGUCUUGUCUGAAAGUCCAAAAAACAUACAAUGGAAAUCGAAGGAGAAGACGGCACGAAGCUCAUCCUAAAGCCAGGAGACAAACCCAUCUUCGGAAGAGGAGCGGGAUUCAUCACCGACGACUUAACAGUCUCCCGUCGCCACGUCUCCCUCGAGUUAAAACCCUUCGCCGGCGGAACCGAAUCCGGUAGGGUUUCACUCGAGGUUCUCGGGAGAAACCCGGUUUGGGUACGGAAACGCGAACCGGGCGAAAAGAUUAAAACUUUUCGGAAAUCUGAGAAGGGAGAGGUCAAGGCUGGGGAUAGGUUCUGUGUAUCGGGUCAACUCCCUGUUUGGUUCACAUUAAAAAGUCGUGAUGAUGAAGGUAAAGAGGAGAGAGCUUCGAAUAGUGAAAGUGGGUUGGAUUGUAUUGGUAUUGAUCCUGUUAAAGAGUUUGGUUUUCUUGUGAUUGGGAAAGAGUUUGAUCAGUAUCCAAAGAGUCGAGUUCGCGAUGUAAAACAAUGGGAAUGGUUUCUUGAGGAAUCCACUAAAGGAAAUAGCGAUGAAGAUGAUGAUGAUGAUGGAGAUAAGAAAGGAAGGAAGGGAUUAAGCAAGAAGAGAAGGAAAGGGAAUGAGGACGAUGAUGAUGAUGAUUGGAGUGAGGAAGAUAAAGACUUGAUGGUGAAAUCGAAAAGAGUUGUGAGUCCAACUUACUCGACUAGAUCCAAGAAGAAGACAAAGAAAGAAGACGUAAACGCAAGUAGUAGUCAUGCUCAACGUGGAAGAGUAGAUAUGGAAGAAGACGAGGAUGAUGAAACAUUGGGAGGUUUCAUUGUUAGUGAUGAAGAAGCUGAGUUAGAAGAAGAGGACGACGAACCAAAUACAGAUGAUGAUGAUGAAGAAGAAUUAGUGGAAGAUGAUGAAGAUGAGGAUGAGGAUUAACUUGCUGGAUUCUGGAAUCUCCUUAAAACUUUUUUGAGUACACCUGAUAUGUAAGCAAGGCUAAUCAUCUUUAUUACUAGAGUUACAAUCUUUUGUUCAUUCCUAUGAAUAUGUGUCGUGUGUGUACGUGUUAGAUGUUAGCGCCGUUGAAGUUAGUGGGGAUAACGGCGCUAACAAUGACGUUAUCAAAAGAUUCGACUUUUUUUUUCUGUUGCGUUUGAAAACAAUGUGCUACAGAUACAAUUUAUAGUUAGGGGUAAGAUGCUGUAAUUAUUUGUGCCAAAAAAAGAAGAAGAUGUUGUAAUUAUUCAUAAUAAUAACGC